AUGACAAAUAACGGAACAUCGAUGAUACCACCACUUCCAUUAAAUUGUUCUAUAUAUCCUUUUAAUUCAUAUUCAUCUUCUCAUCAUACCAAACCAUCAUUAUCAUUCCCUGCUCAAUCAUCAAAUCGUAUUAAUGAAGAAUAUCUAACGAAGAUGCAUCAAAUUAUUGAAUCGUCAUCAUCGACAAAUUCAAAUGAAACAGAACCCAUUGAACUUCCUAUUCAUCAUUCUCAAUCAAUACCCAUACAUAGACUUGAUUGUGCAUCACCAGCGAUGUCAAGGGAUGAUAGUGAAGAUAAUAAUAUUGAUCUAAGUAGUCCACUUGUAUUCGUUAACAGUUCAUUACAUUUACAAAGAAAGUCAGAUAUUUUACCAACUAAUAGAGAUCAAAAUCGAUCAAUAAAAUCACAUUUAAAUGGGCCUUCAAAGCAAGAAUAUCAUAGUAACCAAAAACUAAUAAAUAGUCAUGCUCAAAAUCCUCGAUUCAAUCAACGUGGUUCAACUAAUUUUACACGUUUACCACAUUCAUUGCGUGAUAAAAAUGGUUCAUUUAAUUCUCCUUCAUCACCAGGAACAUUUCAACCACCAGCAGCCAAUAAUGCUUUUGGACGUCGUUCAUACCCUCAAUUUGAAUCUGUACGUACACCUAUGCAAAACUCAUCAACAAGAAAACAAGAAUCUCAAUCAAAAAUACCUUCGGAAGUAUUUAACUGUUGCCAAACUGAAACUGUUCGUUCAUCAACAGAAAUUAGUUCAACACAACGUAAUGUUAAUCGACGUUAUUCAACAACAACUGAAAAUCAAUUAAAUGAAUCGGAAAUGCGUUCAAAUUAUUUUCGUGAUGUUACAAAAAUUCGUGACAUAAUGUUGAAUGCAUCAAAACGAUUAACUACAGAAAAUGAGUUACCAAUACCAAUUGUUGAUACACAUUGUCAUUUUGAUUUGAUUUUUGAUCGUCUUCGUAUUAAACAUAACAAUUUAAAUCAAUAUUUUAAUGAUUAUAAAGAAUAUUAUCCACCGGGUCUUUCAUUUGAAUUAGCUAUUCAAGUUUUCUGGCGACCAAAACAUUUAACAGAAGAUAAUUGGAUGAAUUGGUAUUCGAAAUAUUUGGAUGAUGAACGUGUUUAUGGUUCUUGUGGUAUUCAUCCACAUUGGAGUUCAUCAUGGAAUGAAACAAGUAAUGACGAUAUUGAACGAUGUCUUCAACAUCCAAAAAUAGUUGCAAUAGGAGAAAUUGGUUUAGAUUAUGGACCGAAAAAUUCAUGUUUACCAUAUCAGCAACGUCAAGCUUUUGAAGCACAACUUAAAUUAGCUGCAAAAUGGUUAAAACCAAUUGUUAUACAUUCUCGAGAUGCUUAUCAAGAAACAUUUUCCCUGAUGAAGCAGUACCUUGAAUCUGAUCAUAAAAUUCAUUUACAUUGCUUUGUUGGAACAAUGGAUGAUGUUUAUUUGUUUACAUCUUACUUUACAGAAAUCAAAUUUGGUUUUACGCCAAUAAUAACUCGUUUUAAUUUUCUUCAUACGGUUAUUCAACAACUUGAAUUAACACAAAUUUUAUCUGAAACUGAUUCGCCUUAUUUUAUACCUGAUGAAUUAUAUGCAGUGUCAAAAUGUGCUCAUCCCGGUAUGGUUUAUAGUGUUGUUGAAAUGGUAGCAAAAGUUCGACAAUUACCUAUAUCUUAUGUUGCUACUCAGUUAAGAGAAAAUGCUCGUCAUAUUUAUGGUAUUUAA